UACUUUGUGACCAAAAUAUUUCACCCAAACGUCUCGAGAAAUGGCGAAAUUUGUGUCAAUACACUGAAAAAGGAUUGGAAAUCCGAUUUAGGGAUAAAACAUAUUCUUUUGACCAUCAAAUGUCUACUAAUUGUUCCGAACCCGGAGUCUGCGCUCAACUCAGAGGCCGGAAAAAUGCUAUUAGAGCAUUAUGACGAUUACUGUAAAAGAGCUCAAAUGAUGACCGAAAUUCACGCCUCAAAGCAGUCGAAGGACUGCUUCGACACCGACACCAACCCCUGUUGCAGUAAAUCUGAUUCCGUGCGACGAUUGGGUGAUAACGGGUCGGACGAGACCUCUUCGGGACCUAUACUCAAAAGACACGCCAACGACAAGAGUGUCACUAAACCUAUUGCAACAACACUAACGCAAAAGAAGUCUAACAUUAAAGAUAAGAAGCGAACUCUAAAGCGAUUGUAGUCUUAAGUCUUAAAAUGUUUUUUAUUUAAACAAAUAAUUUGACGAAAAGUUCAAAUCUUUUAAAUACAAUGCAAUUUCCGUUCACUUUUAUAGACUUUACAUUCAAAUAACAUAUUGGAGUUUGAAAUAAAUUUAUCAAUAAAUCUAUGUAUGCAUUAGCC